AUGCAGAAGUCACAGACAGGCCUGCUUCAGUCUCUGCUUGUCGACAUCUUAACACAAGCCCCAGAGCUGAUAGAAGCAGUCAAUCCCUGGGGCUGGCAGUCAUACAAUUUAGGAGCAUUGAGCCUUGCGCCGUGGACAAACAAGGAAUUACUGGAUGUUUUCCAUAAUCUAAUUCAGACGGCACAAUGUUCUGCACAAAUAUGCUUCUUUGUUGAUGGGUUCGAUGAGUUUGAAGGAGAUGACGCAGCUCGCAUCGACCUUCUUCAAUUAAAUUUCGGAUUCGCCAAAUGUCAAGCUUGUUUCGAUAUCGUCGACAAGGCAGACGGGGUAUUCCUCUGUGUUUUUCUGGUCGUACGAGAUCGCUUGGAGGGCCUUCGGAAUGAGGAUGGAGUCGGUGACUUGCAGAGGAGGCUCAAACAGAUACCCAGUGAUCUUGAACACUACUUUGCGCACACGAUGGGUACGCUGGAUAAGUUCUACUUUGAGCAAGCAGAUCAGCUAUUCCAGACAGCCCUGAAAGCAAAAGAGCAUACAACGUCACUCAUGACAUACUCCUUCGCCCACGGGGAAGAACUGGAUUGGGCAACCUGGGCUAGUGUCGAGGUGAUAUCUGAGCCUGAGUUCAGAUUUCUGACAGAUACGCAUCUAUUGAACGAUGCCUCAAUAGCUGCUGCAAAGGGCUUUUUGAAGUUCAUCAGAUAUAAAGACGACCUACGAGACACGGAGAAUCUUGAGCCAUGGUCGCAAGCAACGUCUUUGCUGAUCGAGCACGGCGCGCAAGCGAGGCCUCUGGUGUUUGGACGUGAAGGCACCGGUCUACAAGAGGAUGAUCAGCUGUACCCCUCACCGCUAGAAACCAUUCGGUCAGAGUUAGGCGGAACCGAAACCGGUAAAAUCGUGGAUAUGUUGCAGGAGCCUGAAAUAACAAAGCAGGAGCAGCCUAAUCGCAAGGGUUGGCGCAAUUUUGUCAGUAAUCUCGUCUGCUUUGGAGAUCGCUAG